AUGGACCCAACAGCCACCCUUCUUUAUUUGGAUUACUAUGAAGCUGCAAGCACCGAUCAUCCUGUCAUGGGGACUCUCUCCCACAUCUCCUACACGUCUGUCUUUCUCCCUAUCUUUUACACAGUCGUGUUCCUGACUGGAGUACUGGGGAAUUUCACCCUCAUGGUUGCACUGCAUUUCAAACACGGCAACCGAAGAUUAAUCGACAUCUUCAUCAUCAACCUGGCUGCUUCUGACUUCAUUUUCCUUGUCACACUGCCGCUUUGGGUGGAUAAGGAAGCCUCUCUGGGGCUGUGGAGGACUGGCUCUUUCCUGUGCAAAGGCAGCUCCUAUGUGAUCUCGGUGAACAUGCACUGUAAUGUCUUCUUGCUCACUUGCAUGAGCAUGGACCGCUACCUGGCCAUCAUGUGCCCAGCCUUGGCCAGAAGAUUGAGAAGGCGAAACUGCGCAUAUGCAGUCUGCACCAGUGUCUGGAUCAUCUCAUGCCUCCUGGGACUGCCCACGCUUCUGUCCAGGGAGCUCACUCACGUGGAUGGGAAGCUGUACUGUGCAGAGAAGGAACCCACUCUGCUAAAACUGAUGUGGGGUCUGGUGGCCUUAAUUGUCACCUUUUUCGUCCCCCUACUGAGCAUUUUGACCUGCUACUGUUGUAUCACAAGGAGGCUGUGUGCUCAUUACCAGCAGUCAGGAAAACACAGCAAAAAGCUGAGGAAGUCCAUAAAGAUCAUCAUUAUUGUUGUGACCGCCUUCAUCUUCUCCUGGUUGCCCUUCAAUACUUUCAAGCUCCUGGCCAUUGUCUCGAGGUUGCAGCCAGAACACCAGUUUUCCCUGGAGUCUUUUCAGAUGGCUAUGGAGGUGAGUGGGCCCUUGGCCUUUGCCAACAGCUGUGUCAACCCUUUCAUUUACUAUGCCUUUGACAGCUAUAUCCGUCGGGCCAUUGUACAUCGUCUGUGCCCUUGUCUGAAGAACUAUGACUUUGGGAGCAGCUCUGAGACAUCAGACAGUCACCUUUCCAAGGCCCUUUCCAACUUCAUCCAUGCUGAGGAUUUUGUCAAGCGGAGGAAGAGGUCUGUGUCACUCUGA